CUAGGCACCGGGACUAUCGUGCCGGAAACCGGCCUUUUAUUACCCAGUCAGUCAGUAUUUAGCAACCAUACAAUAUAUUAAUCAUAUUAGUAUUAUUAGCACCUUGCGUUAUUGCCAAGGCCCCGCUGCUGUGUAAAACGCUUUACGGUCUGUGAGUUCUAUGGAAGCGGAAGUGACGCGUACAAAAACAGGUAGUACGUAACACCUGUGCUUUGACACUUUUGACUCCGCUAUGGCGCUGCCAGGGGUCACAAAGCUGCUGCUCUUGCCCGGUGUAAGGGCUCAGCUGCUGAACACCCCCGUUAGACUGUCUCACUGGGCAACUCCCGGCCGCUGUACCAAAUCGUGCCACGCAUACCUACAAAAGAAUUUGCGCUUCUGCACAACAAGAUCUUUCAGCUCAGUGUCCCCUGCAGCAGAGUCGAGCGAAGACACGGUCCUCAAAUGGCUCCUCCUGCUCAUCCCGGUGGCAACUUUCAGCUUGGGGACUUGGCAGGUCCAGAGGCGCAGCUGGAAGCUGAAAUUAAUACAAGAGAUGGAGGCUCGAGUUUCUGGCAAGCCGAUUCCACUCCCCACCGAUCCCAUGGAGAUUAAGGAAUUAGAGUAUCGCCCUGUGAAGGUCAGAGGUCACUUUGACCACUCCAAGGAGCUGUACAUUUUACCUCGCACCUUGGUGGAUCCAGAGAGGGAGGCUCGGGAAGCUGGACAGUUGGCAUCUAACACCCAGAGUGGUGCCCAAGUGAUUACACCUUUUUACUGCUCUGAUCUUGGAAUCACUAUCUUAGUGAAUAGAGGAUUCGUCCCCAAGAAAAAGGUCAAUCCAGAAACCCGACCCAAGGGGCAGGUUUCAGGUGAAGUGGAACUGGUGGGCAUUGUUAGACUCAACGAGACACGUAAACCUUUUGUUCCUCAUAACGACCCCUCGAGGAACCUCUGGCAUUACAAGGACCUGUCGGCCAUGGCACAAGUCGUCGGAGCAGAGCCAAUACUUAUCGAUGCCGAUCGAGGUAGCACCGUCCCAGGAGGCCCUAUUGGGGGACAAACCAGGGUCACCUUGAGAAAUGAACAUAUGCAGUACAUUGUUACAUGGUAUGGAUUGUGCGCAGCCACCACUUACUUAUGGUGCAAGAAGUUCAUACGGAAAGUAGCUCUGUAGGACAGUUCCGCAGCCCCUCUGAUAGGGGGAAAUACCAGUAAUAGUGGGUAACUAUAUGGUACCCCACAGGGAGUUCUGAUCCAUCCAUGCCUGUUUGGGAAAAGCAUCAGCCAACUGUUGCCAUUUCCCAAUGAGGCUUCCAGCUAUGGGCUUCUUGGCGAUAUCUUAUAUUAAACGAACUGCGGGUCUAAUACAAAGCACUUACUGUCAGCGAAGUAGGGGUGGAACAAGGGCUCUUUUAUAAAGGAAACUGCACUUUAAUAAACUGGUGCAAUCUUUUGUUAA